CGGGGCCGGGCCCAGGACCGGACUCAGGACCGGACCCAGGAGCGGGGCAGGGGGUCCAGAGGGCACGGUGGGCACGGUGGGCACAGGACACACGCGCCUCCAGGCUCUAGACUUUCUGUUCCAGAGGCCGGCUGGCUCUGGGCCUGCCCCUCGGGUGGUACCAUGAGUAGUUGGAGGCGGCUGCCCGUGUGGACUCUGGGAAGAUUCAGCGCCUGGAUCGGACCAUGGGGAAGACACCCUCCCUCUCGCCCUUGGCCCUCCCUAAGCCACGGCAUCUGCUCCUCUAGCCACCAGCUAAAUGCGUCCACAUCCCGAGCGCCCUUCCCCAGCCUCCCCCGCGGAUCACCACUGAGGCCCGUGGCCGUGUCACCCCUGUGCCCGACCCUGAGCUCCUCAAGGCUCAAGAGUAACAAGAGCUCCAGAAAGGCCAGGAACAGGACUCUGCAACAACAGGAGGAAGAGGAAGAUGAAGACUCCCCUGAAGAGGGAGAUUGGAGCGAGCAGGAGGACCUGCUGGACAAUGACCCCCAUGUGACCAGGGAUUACAAGGAUCUGGACAAGGUGGUGCCGUCCCUCCGUUAUGAUGCCAUCUUGAAGGCGGGCUUAGACAUUGCAAGGAACAAAGUGGAAGAUGCGUUCUACAAAGGUGAACUCAGGCUGAAUGGAGAGAAGUUGUGGAAGAAAAGCAGAACGGUGAAAGUCGGAGACACCCUGGACCUCCUGAUCGGAGACGGAAAAGACUCUGAAAGCGAGAUCAUCAUGAGGGUAGUCUUGAGAGAGGUGCUGGAGGAAAAGACCGAAACGGAGAAGCACAGGGUGGUCUUAAGGCGCUGGAAACAUCUCAAGCUGCCCAAGAAACCCACACCCCAGUGACUGGGGCUCUCCAGUUGCAGGAGCUCUUGCCCAUGGCUGGUUGCGGGCUGGGGGAAGUGUGCAGGCUUGCCGAUCGGAAGACUUUUCUGUAAAAGACAAUUCCUGUGGACUGCUGUGCAGGCCAGGAGAGAUUCCCGUGGACUUGUCACUGUCCAUGGUCACUUGGUCUGUGCUUGGGUCAACGUCCCUGUGAGGCCGCGGAACACCUAAGUGUCUGGGUCAUUUCCUGAAGAAGCAGCUGUGGCCAGCUGGAGGAAGGAAGGAAGAGAGAGACAGGCCAGAGUACUCUUACCUGGGUUGUCUGUUGUCUCUCCCAUUGACUGCCUACCUCUCGGCGGAUGGAGAAAUAAAAGCUGGCCUUGUAGUGCCUUAAAGUC